AUGACCGCCUCAGCAAGGAAGAUCGAUGAACCUUACGGUACCAAGGAGCCUUCAGCACAAACUGUUGCAAGAGAUGGGGAAGCGCCUGUGAGCGUCCUGGAAGAUGGGUCCCUGGAUCCUGUGUACGAAGCUAAGGCGAAGAUACUGAACAAGGCAAUUCAGGAUAUUGGUAUGGGAAGGUAUCAGUGGCAGCUCUUCAUCGUCAUCGGCUUCGGAUGGGCAAUGGACAACCUCUGGCCCAUUGUAACAUCAUUGAUCUUCACACCCGUGGCCAACGAGUUCAGUCCUACAAGGCCACCCCUCCUCUCUUUGUCCCAAAACAUUGGGCUUCUCUUCGGCGCAGUAUUUUGGGGCUUCGGAUGUGACAUCUUCGGCAGGAGAUGGGCUUUCAACCUCACCAUCGGUAUCACGGCUGUCUUCGGUAUGAUAGCGGCAAGCAGUCCGAACUUUGCUGCCAUUGGCACUUUCGCUGCUUUGUGGUCUGUUGGCGUAGGCGGAAACUUGCCCGUGGACUCCGCUAUCUUUCUGGAAUUUCUCCCUGGAUCCCACCAGUACCUGUUGACGAUCCUUUCGAUCCACUGGGCUCUUGCGCAGGUUUUUGCUACUCUUGUGGCAUGGCCACUGCUUGGAAACCUCACCUGUCAGCAAACGGACACUAACUGUACGAGGAGACAGAACAUGGGAUGGCGAUACUUUAUGAUUGUCAUGGGAGGUGUUGCGCUGAUGAUGUUCAUUGGACGCUUCGUCUUCUUCACGAUCUUCGAGUCGCCCAAGUUCCUCAUGGGCAAAGGCAACGACUCAGAAGCCGUCCGUAUUGUUCAUGAAGUUGCCCGCCGCAACGGCAAAGCUUCAUCUCUAACUCUUGAGGAGCUGGAAGCUUGCAACAACUACGCGCUGCCUGGUACUGCCCAGCAAAACAGCACUGCCACCGCAGCGGUCAAGCGCAACCUUCAGAAGCUGGACAGCUCCCACGUCAGGGCUCUUUUCGCUACAAAGAAAUUAGCUUUCUCAACUAGCACAAUCACUUUAGUCUGGGCGUUCAUCGGGCUCGGUUACCCACUUUAUAACGCAUACCUACCCUAUAUUCAAGCCACACGUGGCGUUGACUUUGGCGAUGGCUCAACUUACAUAACCUAUCGCAACAGUCUCAUCAUCGCCGUCCUCGGAGUCCCAGGAUGUAUCCUUGGUGGUCUGCUCGUCGAGGCGCCUUAUAUUGGUCGCAAAGGCACCCUAUCCCUAUCCACAGUGCUGACCGGUGUAUUCCUCCUAUGCUCUACAACGGCACUAAAUUCCAACAGCCUCCUUGGAUGGAACUGUGCUUACAACUUCAUGAGCAAUAUCAUGUACGCAGUCUUGUACGCAUACACUCCCGAAAUCUUCCCAACAAAGGAUCGCGGUACAGGAAAUGCUAUCACAGCGAGCGCGAACAGAGUCUUUGGUAUCAUGGCGCCUAUUGUUGCCAUGUUUGCGGAUUUGGAAACCAGUGCGCCGGUUUACUCAGCCCUCGACGCCCUGCGCUCGCAAUAUAGAUCCGACAAAGUUGCAGUACUUGCUGGCGACAUGUCCGACGCUUCACUACCUGAAAAGGCUGUGGCUUUGGCAAAUGAGAAAUGGGGACGUCUUGACUCAUUGAUCAUCAAUCACGGGAGCUUGGAUCCGGUGAAGAAGGUGGUCGAUAGUACUGCUGAGGAGUGGAGGAAGGCAUUCGAUGUCAAUGUUUUUAGCGCUGUGGGGUUGAUCCAAGCAGCCCUCCCUUCUCUGCGCAAAACUCAGGGCCGUAUCCUCCUGACCUCGAGUGGCGCGGCAACCUCUGCAUACCAAGGCUGGGGCUGCUACGGCGCCGGAAAGGCCGUCUUGAACCACCUAGCCCUCACCCUCUCAGUCGAAGAGCCUUCUGUAACAACAAUUUCCAUCCGACCAGGCGUUGUAGACACGGAGAUGCAGCGGGAGAUCCGAGAAGUUCAUCACGAGCGGAUGAGCGAGAAUGAUAGGGAGAAGUUCAGUGGACUGAAGAGUAGUGGAGGGCUUUUGAAGCCGGAGCAACCGGGUUAUGUUAUUGCGAGACUGGCGGUUGGAGGUGAAGAGGUCAAGGGUUUCAACGGCAAAUUUUUGAGCUGGAAUGAUGAGAGUCUAGACAAGUUUCAAGAGGACUAA